CCUUUCCUACAAUCUGCUGGGCGAGGCGGCGCCGGCGAUCCCAGCAGCGCUGGGUGUUCAGGGGCCAAGAUGGCGGCGCGCCGGGGACGGAGAGAUGGAGUCGCGCCGCCUCCGGGUGGGGGCCCCGGCCCAGACCCCGGUGGUGGAGUCCGCGGCAGCGGUUGGGGGAGUCGAAGCCAAGUGCCGUAUGGGACCUUGGGCGCUGUGAGCGGCGGAGAGCAGGUGCUGCUGCAUGAAGAGGGGAGUGAUUCUGGCUUUGUCAGUCUGUCUCGGCUAGGCCCAUCUCUGAGGGACAAGGACCUGGAAAUGGAGGAGCUGAUGCUGCAGGAUGAGACACUGCUGGGGACCAUGCAGAGCUACAUGGAUGCCUCCCUCAUCUCCCUCAUUGAGGAUUUUGGGAGUCUUGGAGAAACCAGGUUAUCUCUGGAGGAACAGAAUGAAGUGUCACUGCUUACAGCUUUGACGGAGAUCUUGGACAAUGCAGAUUCUGAGAACCUGUCUCCAUUUGACAGCAUUCCUGACUCAGAGCUGCUUGUAUCACCUCGGGAAGGCUCUUCUCUGCACAAGCUACUCACACUUUCUCGGACACCUCCAGAACGUGAUCUCAUCACCCCAGUUGACUCACUGGGGCCCAACACAGGCAACAGUAGAGUGAGUGGGGUUGAAAUGUCUCUCACAGACCCCCCUUGGGACUUUUCCUCACCCUCUUUUCUGGAGACCUCUUCCCCCAAGCUUCCUAGUUGGAGACCCUCAAGAUCAAGACCACGUUGGGGACAAUCCCCUCCUCCCCAGCAGCGUAGUGAUGGAGAAGAAGAGGAGGAUGUGGCCCCCUUCAGUGGCCAGAUUCUUGCUGGGGAGCUUGACAACUCUGUGAGCAGUAUCUCAGACUUCCCCAUGCAUCUGGCCUGCCCUGAGGAAGAAGAUAAACCAAUAGCAGCAGAGAUGGUAGUGCCAGCAACUGGUGAUGAGAGCAUCUCCUCCCUGAGUGAAUUGGUGCGUGCCAUGCACCCAUAUUGCCUGCCCAACCUUACCCACCUGACAUCACUUGAGGAUGAGCUUCAGGAGCAGCCAGAUGAUUUGACACUGCCUGAGGGUUGUGUGGUGCUAGAAAUAGUGGGGCAGGCAGCCACAGCUGGUGAUGAUCUGGAGAUCCCAGUUGUGGUACGACAGAUGCCUCCUGGACCCCAGUCUGUGCUUCUGGAUGACUCACUAGAGACUAGUUCUGCCUUACAGCUUCUCAUGCCAGCGCUGGAGUCAGAGACAGACCCUGCCUUGCCCAAGGUAACCCUCUGCCCUGAAAAAGAGGGAUCUUUACUGGACUCAGAGGAAAAACUGGACUCAGCCUGUUUGUUGGAGUCCAGGGAGGUCAUAGAGCCAGUGGUGCCCAAGGGGCCUCAGAACUCACCUGCCAAUGGAGGGAUGGGUUCCCAGAGAGCUCGAAAGGGCAGGAGGAAGAAGAACAAGGAGCAGCCAGCAGCCUCUCUGGAAAGCUAUACCAGGAGGUUGAGGUCAUCCUCUCGUGGACAGUCUACUGUGGCUACAGAAGCAAUUUCUCAGGCAGGCAACUUGCAGAAACAGCCUCAGGAACAACUUCAGAGAGAAAUUGGGCCUUUACAGGGUAGGGGGAAGCCCCGGGCUUGGGCUCGGGCCUGGGCAGCUGCCUUGGAGAAGCCUGGCUCUGAGAACUUGGAGAGAAGUGGUGGACAAGGUAGUCCUAAAGAAAGUCCUCUAGAUCUAUACCCUAAGCUGGUGGACACUGUCCAAGCCAAUCAUGUCCCAGCCUGUCUCUCAUUGGUUGACUCUGCCCAAGUGGGCUCUAUGCCAGUUGACUGUGUUGCAGCUGAUCCCACUGCAGUUGACUCUGUUUUACCUAACCCUGCACCUGUUGACCCUGUGUUGGUUGACCUUGCUUCCGUCAGCUCAGAGCUAAUUGACCCUCUCCCAGCUGAACCAGUGCUGAUUGACCCAGUCCUGGUUGACUCAGCAACAAUUGACCCUGCAGUGGAUGUUUCCAUUUCAGAUAACUUGCCACCAGUUGAUGCUGCCCCAUCUGAUCCAGCACCACUUGACCCUGUUCCCAAUGACCUGGCCCCAGUUGACCCUGUGUUAAUUAAAUCCAGACCAACUGAUCCCAGACGAGGUGCAGUGUCAUCAGCCCAAGGCAGUGCAGCCCCACAGCUCCUCUUAGAUUCAGAGUCCUUGGACUCUCCAAAGGGCAUCAUCCCUGAAGUCAAGGAGGUUGUGAGUCCUCUGAAGGUAGAAAGUAGUGCUAAUGUCACAGCCCAGGAAGCCAGACCUCGGCCUCUUAGCCUAUCUGAGUACCGGCGACGAAGGCAGCAACGCCAAGCAGAGGCAGAAGAGAGGAGUCCCCAGCCUCCAGCUGGGAGGUGGCCAAGCCUUCCAGAGACCCCCACAGGGCUGGCAGACAUCCCUUGUCUUGUCCUCCCACCAGCCCCAGCCAAGAAGACAGCUCUGCAGAGAAGCCCUGAAGCUCCCCUUGAGGCAUCCUUUGGACCCAUGGGUCCCAGUCCUGCUUCUCCUAGUCCUGAACCACCUGCAGACAAAUCUAUGGCUUCAAUUCCCACUGAGCAGGUGCCAUCCCAAGAAAUGCUGCAGCUGGCAAGACCUUCCCCUCCUAUACAGUCCAUGUCCCCUGUUGCACCCAUGCCUGCUGCUCUGCCUUUUCCUCCAGGUGGGCUGGGUAUUCCCCCUAGUCUGCCUCCACCUCCCUUGCAGCCUCCUACUCUCCCAGUGUCUAUGGGGCCAGUGCUCCCUGAUCCCUAUACUCACUAUGUCCCUGUGCCACCCUGGCCUUGUUAUCCCCCUGUGUCACCUUCUGGCUAUCCUUGUCUGCCCCCGCCACCACCAGUGCCGAUAGUGUCUGGUACUCCUGGUGCCUAUGCUGUGCCCUCUACUUGCAGUGUGCGUUGGGUACCACCUCCUGCUCCAGUCUUACCUUAUAGUUCCAGCUGUACCUUUGGGCCUUUGGGAUGGGGCCCAGGGCCACAACAUCCUCCGUUCUGGUCUGCUGUUCCUCCACCUCCUUUGCCUCCAACCUCUGUUGGGAGAGCUGUUCCUCCAUCUAAGAAGGAGACCACUGGCAUUCUAGCUGGCCCUCCUGAAAACGAACUUCCUGUGCCAAUGGCUCCACCUCUCAGUCUUGGGCCAGCUGGCCACGGAGCUUCACAAGUAGAGCCUACCAAGGUGGAGGUCAAGCCAAUGCCUACGUCUCCCCAUGUGAAACAUAAGGUAUCCUCCCCAGUACAAAGCCCCCAGAUGAAGACUCUGUCCUCUCUGGCUGCUGAAAGUGUGGCUGUUGAGGAACAUGCAUCAGAGAGGCCAAAGCCUGAGGCCCAGGAGAACAGGCCCCGGGAGAAGCCUCCCUCUCCUGCUACCAAGGCUGUUCCCACACCAAGGCAGAGUACUGUCCCCAAGCUGCCAGCUGUCCACCCAGCCCGUCUAAGGAAACUGUCCUUCCUGCCUACCCCACAUUCCCAUGGUCCUGAAGAUGUGGUACAGGCUUUCAUCAGUGAGAUUGGAAUUGAGGCAUCAGACCUGUCCAGUCUGCUGGAGCAGUUUGAAAAAUCAGAAGCCAAAAAGGAGUGUCCUCCCCUGGCUCCUGCUGACAGCUUGGCUGUAGGAAACUCAGGCAGCGUUGACACUCCCCAGGAGAAGAGGCCCCUAGACCGGUUACAAGCCCCAGAACUGGCCAACAUAGCAGGGCUCACCCCUCCUGCUACCCCUCCCCACCAGUUAUGGAAGCCCCUGGCUGCUGUCUCACUGCUGGCCAAAGCCAAAUCUCCUAAGUCUACUGCCCAGGAGGGAACCCUGAAGCCUGAAGGAGUUACAGAGGCCAAACAUCCAGCUGCAGUUCGCCUCCAAGAAGGGGUCCAUGGCCCUAGUCCAGUCCAUGUGGGCUCUGGGGACCAUGACUAUUGUGUCCGAAGCAGGACCCCCCCAAAAAAGAUGCCUGCCCUAGUCAUUCCAGAGGUGGGCUCCCGAUGGAACGUCAAACGCCAUCAGGACAUCACCAUCAAACCAGUCUUAUCCCUGGGCCCAGCUGUCCCCUUGCCCCCAUGCAUACCUGCCUCCCAGGAACCACUUGAUCACAGGACUAGCAAUGAACAGGCAGAUCCCUCAGCACCUUGCCUUGCCCCAUCUGCUUUGCUGUCCCCUGAGGCCUCGCCCUGCCGGAAUGACAUGAACACUAGGACUCCCCUUGACCCUUCAGCCAAACAGCGAUCAGUGCGCUGUUACCGAAAAGCCUGCAGGUCAGCUAGCCCCCCAAGCCGGGGUUGGCAGGGCCGCCGCGGCCACAGCAGCCGUUCUGUCAGCUCUGGGUCCAGCCGGACCAGCGAAGCAUCUUCCUCUUCAUCCUCAUCGUCGUCUUCCUCAUCCCGAUCCCGGUCCAGGUCCCUCUCCCCCCCACACAAGAGGUGGCGAAGGUCCAGCUGCAGUUCCUCCGGACGUUCUCGAAGAUGCUCUUCCUCUUCUUCAUCCUCAUCGUCGUCUUCAUCUUCCUCAUCCUCACCAUCCAGUUCCCGAAGCCGUUCUCGCUCCCCAUCACCCCGCAGGAGAAGUGACAGGAGGCGGAGGUACAGUUCUUACCGUUCACAUGACCAUUACCAAAGGCAGAGAGUACUACAGAAGGAGCGUGCAAUAGAAGAGAGAAGGGUAGUCUUUAUUGGGAAGAUACCUGGGCGCAUGACUCGUUCAGAGCUGAAACAGAGGUUCUCAGUUUUUGGAGAAAUUGAGGAAUGCACCAUCCACUUCCGUGUCCAGGGUGACAACUACGGCUUCGUCACUUACCGAUAUGCUGAGGAGGCAUUUGCAGCUAUUGAGAGCGGCCACAAACUGCGGCAAGCAGAUGAGCAGCCCUUUGAUCUUUGCUUUGGGGGCCGCAGGCAGUUCUGCAAGAGAAGUUAUUCUGAUCUUGAUUCCAACCGGGAAGACUUUGACCCUGCACCUGUAAAGAGCAAAUUUGAUUCUCUUGAUUUUGACACAUUGUUGAAACAGGCCCAGAAGAACCUCCGGAGGUAACCUUGGGCCCUCCCCCCACCCCUUUUUUCUUUGGAGGUGCCUAACCUCCUCCACCCCACUCCCCCACUGUAGGGGAGAGAGCUGCUAGUGAGGAUAUGACUGUUUUAUAAAGAAAUGGAAAAAAGUGAAAUAAAAAAUGUUAAAUCAGAUUUUUUUAAAGGGGUAUUUGUUUUUUAUAACAGGUAUUGAAACAAGUUAACUUGCAUUCCUAUGUGAGAUGGGUGGAGCUGAGGAGUUCACCCAAUGUUUGAAACAUCUAAGUCACUAUGCAGACUAAUAAACAUAAACUCCAGAGAACU